UCUUGGGGUGCUUAAAAUCUACAGUUGUGAGAGUCUGAUCUCUUUUCCAAUGAAAGGUUUGCCAUCUAUGCUGAGAGAACUUGAGGUUUCAUAUUGUGAUGCUUUGGAGUCCCUACCCGAGUUGAUGACACUCAAUAAUCUGCAAGAGUUGAAGGUUUCUGAAUGUGCAUCACUCACAUAUUUAUUGUCAAGAGGUGGGCUACCAUCCACACUAAAACAACUUGGGAUUGAGGGUUGCAGAAAUCUGGAGUCACUUUUUGCAGAGGAAGGGAUCAAAAUUGAUUGUCCAUCUCUUGAAACUAUUUGUAUCAAAUUUUGUUGGAGUCUCAAAUCUUUACCUGAAGCCAAUAAUCUCAAGAAUCUCAGUCAAUUGCAGAUAUACAAUUGUUCUAAUCUGGAGCCCCUGUCACUUGGUGGUCGUGAUGAGAACAACAACAACAACCAACUCACUUCGCUUCAAGAGCUGGGUUUAGUUGAUUGCAGAGCAGAGAUGGUCUCCUACUUUGUCAAGGAAGGGAGUUUCCCCACCCACAUCACUUUACUUCAAAUCGGGAAUUUGAGAGUGGACGACGUGGGUCAACUUCCAGUUCCGCCUCCAUCUCCAUUAGAGUGGGGUUUGCACAAACUCUCUUCUCUUACAACACUCCACCUUGAUGGCGGAGGUUGGCCGUGGGGAGAUACGGUGUCCUUUCCAGAAGAAGGGAUGUUCCUGCCCACCUCUCUCAUCUCUUUGAGAAUCAACAACUUCCCAAAUCUGGAAAGACUCUCUUAUGAGGAGUUUCAAAACCUCACCUCUCUUGAAACACUUGAAAUCUGUUGUUGCCCUAGGCUCGCGUCCUUUCCAAAGGAAGGGUUGCCCCCCUCUCUUUUGCAUCUACUGAUCUAUAGGUGCCCUGAGCUUGCGACCUUUCCAGAACAAGGAUUCCCUCCCUCGCUUUUGUCACUGGACAUCAGGGGAUGUAAUCCAAUACUGAAACAGAAGUGUGAAAAGGGAAAACAAUAUUGGCCCAUCAUCCAAUACAUUCCUGAAGUAGAUGUCGUAGUAUAAGCAGCCACCUGCAAGGGCUUUGUUGUUGUGGAAACAAACUUUAGGAUGUAUUCAUACUUACUGUCUAAGCUGCAUUGCGAGAUUUUGUGCCUCUUUUCAAGAAUAUAUUCAUAUACUAUUGUCCAGUCAUGGCGAAAGCUCUCAUAAGUAAUAACGGAGCAAGAGAUAUAUGAAGAAAAUUGAGAAUAAAGUCCUUUCCUGAGACUACAAUUGUAAACACCUCCCUAUUGCACAUUGUCAUGUGCUGAUGGAAAAAGUGCCCUGUUCGUUUGGAAAAGAGUUUGGUUAUGACUUUUGAAAAGAGGGUCUUGCUUAGAAUGAAUAGCUGGCAGAUUAAAGAAUUUUAUUAUCUUUAAAAGACAACAAUGCUUCUCUCCCAAAUCGUAUAAGUGACAAUCUCUAAAGAUGUGGAGCUUAUCAAUCAUCCAAAAUCUUAGUCACUAUGUUCAUGGUCUUCCAUGCUCACCUAUGGAUGACAAUCAAAAUCUACUCUGUUCUUCAUUCACAAUCCGAGCUAGACGGUGCCUUUUCUCUUGAUCUUUCAUUUUUCCUGUGCUGUUGCUUCAAUUCCAGUGCUUUGUUGUUGUGGAAACAAACUUUAGGAUGUAUGCACGCUCAUCAUCUAAACUGCACUGCAAGUCUUUGUGCCUCUUCUCAAGGUAGCUGUUGAGGAUGCUUGAGGCUCUGCACAACAAUAUGGAGGUUUGUCAUGGGAAAACUUUAAAAAAAAAAAAAUGCUAGUGCAGGCAGAAAUACCCAUGCACAUCUAACAAUUCCCUCGUCGUCAAAGGCAAUAGAUUUUUUGUGCAAUCUCCAAGAAAGGGUUUGAAGGGAUUUGAAUGUCUGGUGUGUGAUGAUUUGGAAAGUUUGACGGAUUCCACGCUGAUGUAAAGUUUUCUCCCUUAUUGAUGAAAGCACUGGUGUCAGGAAUGGAAUGAAGCUCUCAUCACAUGGUGCUUUUUGGAUUUUGAAGCUGAGUUGAUAUGUAAAAUCCCUUUUUUCCCAAGGCUUGCUAAUGACAUACUGGUUUGGCACUUUACUAAAAAUGGCCUUCUUUUUUUCUCUUAAUCAGCAUAUUAUUGGGAGAUGGAUUUGCAAAGAAGAGAAACACGGUUCAGUUCUUCAGAUGGUAAGCAGCAGAUCGUAGCCACCUAAAAAGGAAUGAGUUUUUAAUGGGCAUUUUGGUAGAAGAUUUAGUUGCUAAAAGUUCUGAAUAAAGUGAAAAUGUUUGGAUAGAAAAUCUAUUCGAAUAUCCUUCUUGUUCAAUGAAACUUGAGUACGUGCAAAGUAAUUCAAUUUGAUGACUGCUAACUUGUACAUUAGUGGCAAAUUAGAGAUGUUUUUGGUGGUUUGAGUAAGCUUACAAUGUGAUUGACAAUGUUAGCAUUGUAGUCAUUCACUUCCACACCCAACACAAUUUGUGGAUCAAUGCAGUUCUUGGCCCUUUUUAA